GCUGACAGCAGUAAAUCUAAAACUAGUCAUACACGUACAACACCUGAUGGUAGGAUAUUGUACAUCGCAUGUACUAGUAGUUCGAAUUGGCUAUACCUUGUUGAUACACACACACACACACACACACACAAGAGUUAUUUUUUCCAUUAAAAAUUGUCUGUUGUGUACGUAAAACGUUUAUCGACCGAAAUAAUUUUAGAAUUUAUUUAUAACAACAAUAUUUACUUGGAUAUUUUUUUUGUUAAGUGCUCUCGUUGUGUUGUGCUUAUGUCACGUCUAUUGGAUUUAACGUAUCGACGAUAAUUUCGAGUUUUCACUCACAGUAAUUGCAGGUGCUGGUAUACGUUUGCUAAUUAGGUAUGGAAAUUUGUGGCAUGAUCGACGUCAAGGUGCCGUCUAAGGGCAGAAAAUUCGGAUCCUGGAAAGCGUGGAACUGUCAGUGGUGUGAGAUAUUAUAUAAAAAUGAAAACAGAGUUGUCAUAAAUAUGGGACACAACAAAAGCAGUAUAUUAUCUUGUUUAGCUGUACCGAAUGACGCUGUUCUUUACAGAAUAAAAUCCAGGACAAAAGCAUACGGGUUUGGAAUAUUCUAUACAAAAGAAAAACAGCAAUAUCCAUUGAUAUUCCUAGCAGCAAAAUCAGAAACCGAGUCUCAAAAAUGGAUGAAAUUUAUUAGAGACAUGUUAAAACCUCCUAAGUACUCAAAAGGUGAAAACGAGUACGCCGUGUCUGUAAUCGACAACGAACACUCUAAGGCAGCUAACCUCACAGGCCUAUACGGCACACUAUCCGUGAAGACUGAAGAGAUAUUAGUGACGGAUCCAUACACGGGCAAGAUCAAGGUGACACUACAUUGGACACAAAUGCAAUGCAGCUAUUUGCCCCUUCCAGCUACUUCGGAAGACUUGCAUAGAGUAUGCACGAUACGCACGAACAGUAAAUUCAAAGCGGGCGAAGGUGACUUGGAAAUGUACUGUACCGAUGCGGAUAAGCUACACAUGGAAUUGUCGACGUGUCCACGUCCCCUGCCCAGAAUCGCUACCACUCCGCUGCCGCCUACCCCUAGAGAAAAAACGAGAUUCAACGAUUCGUGGGAAAACUCGCCGGCAACAACCCCGCCUAGAUGUUUGUUGGAAUCCAGAAGAAUGAGUAGAAGUGAAGGAGACUUGCAAAAAUUUAUCACUCAACAGCCUCUUCUGAGAGCGUCCGGCGGUUCGCAGCAACAUCUGAUUUUUUUACCACAGAACAACCUGAGAAACAAAAGUUCUUCUCAUUUCCUACUGACCAGCGUCGGGUUGCUUUUGACCACGCCAGGAUACAGCGAACCGAAUUCCAUGCAGGACCUGCAAACCCUCGACCACCAGCAUUUGGGCAAACGCCUUCAAGAUAUAGCGGAUGACGAUUAUGCAGAUAUUCGAGAGAGGAGCGACGAUGAGGACUACGAAGAGAUACUGUCCGACGAUAAAAGUCCAACCAUGAACGAUUUACCUCCGCCGUUACCACCGAGAAAGCCCAAGACAGAAGAAAAAGUCGACUUUGACGACACUUAUUUGCCCAUGAACGCGUCUCAAAUGUAUGUGACUAUGGCCAACAUUAGCGGAAACAGCAAGCUUUACGUAUCCGGACCAGUGCCCAUAUAAUAUAUUCUAGAGAUGCGACAUUCUUGUCUCGACGAUUACCUUUACUUCCUAGAAGGUUGUUUGUGAUAUAUUUUUCAUCAAAUAUUUUGUUAACUGUAUUUAUUUUCAUAUUAUCGGCAAAGUAUUAAAAGUAAUAGCUAUAGAAAUUGGCUAUUGUCAGUGAAUAAGGAUGCGUUUUUGUUAUAAAUCAACAGAUCUAUUGAUCAAGCCAACAAGUCACAAAUUAUGCUUACGUAAUAAAUAUUGACGAUUUGAUUAAUUUAUCGAUACUGUUUGAAAUAUUAAUUACAAUGUAUUAUAAAAGUAGGUUACUUAAAAUAUUGAAUUUGUCGUAAAACUAUUAUACUAUAACUUUACCCAAAUUUUGUUUUUUACCUUAUUACUUUUGUACAUGUCGGCUAAUUUAUUUAUAAGCAAAUACCACUUAUCAGGAAUUUUAACAUGUAUGUUUUCAUCGACUUGUUUUUUAUUUUAUUUUUACUGUUCCUUAAAACAGGUGAUUGGGAAUAAUCUAUAAUAAGCAAUGAAUAUUUCUUUACUAUUUAUACAAAUUGUUUAUAUUAUAUUAGUUAUGUACGUGUUAAUUAAUAUGGUUAUUAGUAUGAACUUUUGUCGAGCUGUCGUUUUGUAUGUUUUCAUUUGUAUUAAUAAAAAAAAAUUGGUUAGUAUGAACCCUAACGAAACCACAUUAAUGUAUGCUAUGAAAACGUAUAAAUAAAUAUUGU